AUGCCUCCGAAAGUGGUAAAAAGAGGGGUUGCGGCGAAGAAAGCGAGUCUCUCUUCAAAAACCGCUAUUCAGAAUCAGAAGCAAGAACCUGAACCCGAACCCGAACCCGUGAAGAAUCUUGAAGAAAAUUCCGUUGCUGAUGUUGUGGCGGAAGAGAAUCCCGUUGAAACAAACAAUUUGGCUCCAGAGACAGCGCCUAAUGGUUUGGCUACGGUAGAAACUGACAAUGGGGAGGAGGUUAAGGACUCCAUAGAUGAAUAUGAAAAAGAUGAACUCUUAGAUUUGGAGGAUAAUUCUCAUGAGUCUGAUCCUGACGAGUAUGUCGGUGAUGACUAUGAUGAGAGGGAAAAUGAACAGGAUGAUGUUGAGGAGGUCGGAGAUGAAGUGGAUGAAGAACUUGAAGAGAUUGUGGAGGAAGAAGAGGGUGAUACUGGCGAUGAAGAAGUUGAAUAUGUUGAUGAAGAAGUUGAAUAUGUUUAUGAAGAAGUUGAGGGUGAUGAUGAUGACGCUUCUGCUGCUGGUAAUGAUCUUGCUGCUGCUGGUAAUGAUGAUGAUCAUGCCGGUAUGGAGAACGAGCAUGAGCAUCUUGCUGACGUGGAGGAAGAGGAGCAAGGUGAAGUUAGAAAGGAAAGGCAGAAGCAGAAGCAGAAGGAAUUUGAACUAUUUGUUGGGGGCCUAGACAAGAAUGCAACAGAGCAUGAUCUGAGGAAGAUUUUCGGUAAAGUUGGGGAGAUUACUGAAGCUAGGCUAAUGAUGAAUCCUCAGACUAAAAGGAACAAGGGAUUUGCAUCAUUGCGUUUCAAAACUGUUGAACAAGUGAAAAAAGCAUUGGCAGAGCUAAAAAAUCCAGUGAUUAAUGGCAAACAAUGCGGUAUCACUCCAUGUCCGGACAGUGAUACUCUAUAUUUAAAUAACAUUUGCAAGACAUGGAAAAAGGAAGCUUUAAAGGAGAAAUUGAAACAUUAUGAAGUUGAAAAUUUCAAGGAUUUGACUUUAGUAGAAGAUGGUAACAAUGAGGGAACAAAUUGUGGAUUUGCGCUUUUGGAAUUUUCAUCACAUUCAGAUGCUAAGGAAGCCUAUAAGAGAUUGCAGAAGACAGACGUUGUUUUUGGAGUUGGUAAGCCUGCUGAGGUUUCCUUUGCAGACUCCUUUGAUGACCUGGAAGAUGAUAUUAUGGCACAGGUUAAAACUGUAUUUAUUGAUUUACUGCCUCCUUCAUGGGAUGAAGAUUAUGUCCGAGGUCUUCUUAAGAAAUAUGGGGAGGUUGAAAAAGUUGAGCUUGCUAAGAACAGGCCAGCUGCUCGCAGGAAGAAUUAUGGAUUUGUUACGUUUGCUACGCAUGCUGCUGCUGCUGAAUGUGCUGAGAGCAUUACCGGUUCAGGGUUAGGCAAAGGCAAGAAAAAGGCAAAAGUUAGGGCUAGGUUGUCGAGGCCUUUUCAGAAAGUUCGUGGAAAACAUUUUACUCAUACUGAUCUUUCUGGCCGCAAGUUUCGAAGGUCGGCAAGGCCUUCACGGAGUCGACCUUCACUGCGGAGUCGACUUGCACUACGGAGCCGCCUUGGACCACCAAGUCGACCUUCACUACAGAGUCGACUUGGACCACCAAGUCGACCUGCACUUCAGAGUCGACUUGGACCACCAAGUCGAUCUGCUGGUGUGACGAGAAGACCUGGAAAUAGUAUCUCACCAGUUAGACCUUCAAGUGCGAGAAAUAGACGUCCUGUCUCAUCAGUGCCAGUGAGAGCUAGGCCAGCCACUCCUCCAGCUAGAUCCCAUGAGAGAUUGACCGCUGCAUAUCCAAAAAGUAGCAUGAAGAAAGAUUAUGGUCGACCUGUGGAUCUGCCACCUCCAAGAAGUAGAGUUCCUGCAGAUUAUGGCUCUCAGGCGGCCUCUCCAAGACAUUCAUCUUAUAGAGAUUAUCCAGCCCGUGACUCUGGCUACUCUGAUCUGCAUAGGAAUGCGUCUCGUACUGCACCAAGGAGGGGUCAUCUAGAUGACAGCUUUGAUCAAAGACUUGAAAGGUCUCCUCCUCCUCCCCAUCUAAGCUAUCGUGAAGGGCGCCCACAUGAUUAUGACACACUAUCUGGCUCAAAACGUCCUUAUGCUGCCAGAGAUGAUAUUUCUCCACAGUAUGCUGAUGCUCGCCAAUCAAGAUCUCGAUUAGACUAUGACUAUGGAGGCAGUGUUUCACAAUAUAGAGAGGCUUAUGGUGAUAGGCUUGGAAGAUCUAGUUUGGGAUAUAAUAGUGGCAGUAGAAGUUCUAGUUCUAUUCAAAACACACAUGAGGCGUAUAGCAGCCGACAGGACAUGAGUUAUGGUAGAGGUUCUAUUGGUGGUAGUGGGGGUAUCUACUCAUCAAGUUAUGGUGGGGAUUACAUAUCUCGUGGAAGUGAUGCUGGCGGCAGCUCGUAUUCGUCCAUGUAUUCUAGCAGGGGUAUGAAUGGUAGUAGCAGUUAUAUGGGUAGUGGCGGCGGAUCUAGGUCUUAUUAUUGA